AUUUCUCAAAAACAACUUAUUUCAUUAAAUGGAUCCUAGAGUUGCAAAACAUGUCAAUGAUAUUAACGAGUCUAUGUAUGAAUUUUUUGAAGCAUGGUCUGCCAUUGAUGAGGAGAUUUCGAAAUCUCUAAAAGCACUAGAGAAAUUAGAUGAUGAAGAUGAAGUGGAAACCAUGGGUUAUGUUGGUGUUGUUGGAGUACUCAUCUAUAUGGGACGUGUUCAAUCAAAAAUUAAUCAACAAAGCAAAAAACAAUAUAUCAUACUAAUUGACAAGAGUUAUACUGCUAUGAAACUAUGUGUUGUCGACAAUUUUUUUGACCAUUUACAACAAUUAAGUUCUGACCUAUUACAAGACGCUGUGGUUGUUUUAGCAAGAGGAUUGGUUUUGAAAAAUGAACGACGGUAA